AUGAAGUCAAUAAUUACAGGAUCCUCUGAAACUCCAUCUACUCACGAUCAAACAACACAAUCAUCCCUUCUUGCUAUUAAGCGAAAUCAAAACCUAGUGAUAGAUCUUGAUAUGUUCAAAUACGACAACUAUCUUCUUCCAAUCGUUGAAUUUUUCAAGUAUUAUCCUCUUCUUACUGCUCUAAAAAAGAAAGAGAAUGUUUCGAUGUUUCUUUUGUCCAAGGCUUAUUCGUUUGCAAGUUACAUCAAGGAAGAACAGAGGAUCACGUUUGAAAUCCACAACAGACAAACUUCAAUCACCAAAACUCAAUUAUGUUCUUUUUUAGGUCUUCCUCAAACCGACGACAUGAUUAAUCUAGAUUCAGUCACCAACACAUCCCUAUUGGAGAUGUUCUGUCAAAUGUGGUACAAAGAAACCCUAAACGUUGCCUUAAUGUUAUGGAAACCUAAUUUACCACCACAGCGGAAUGGCCUCUUCACCCUAUUGUUCAAGGCCUUCUCUGAUUGA